AUGGAGGGUGCCGUCCAGGGCUGGUUCGCGAUCAUGGAGGCCCAGUUCCAUAUCGCUCGCAUCACCAAUGAUACGACCAAGUUUUAUCAUGUGUUGGCCUCCCUGCCUCCCAUGACCGUGUCUAAGCUGGAUGGGGCAGUCCUCGUCUCCCACAGCUACCAGGCCCUCCAGCAGGCGGUCACAGAGCUCUAUGAAAGGAGCAAGCCGGAGCUCUUCGACCAGCUCAUCUCCAAGGUUCAGCUGACUGGUCGACCCUCCCUCUACGUGCGGGAGCUGCAGGAGCUGGCUGGCAAGGUGGGAGUCGGGGAGGAGCUGGUGCGCCACAAGCUUCUGCAGUCCCUGCCUCCUGCCGUCGGUGCUGUCCUCGCUGCCCAGCGUGACCUGAGCCUGCAGCAGCUGGGUAAGCUGGCAGACGAGCUGAUGCCUCUGCUCCAGACCAGCUGUCUGGCAGCCCCGCAGGCUCAGCUGAGCAGCCACCAGCGCGACCAGCAUCGACCACCGCACAGGAGAGGGGAGCAGCAGCAGCAGCACCAGGCCGACUACUCGGCGCUGCCGACAGGUCUGCGGCCGUUCCAUCCGGACCAGCGCCAGCAGGUCUGCAGGGCCCACCUCUACUUUGGAGCCGAGGCCCGCACCUGCAAGCCCUGGUGCCGGUGGCCCAAGAAGACAACGAACCUGCAGUUGGAGCCAUCGUCCCGGCCUGUCCCCACUGACCGUCCAGCUCCAGGUGCCUUCCUGAUCAACCAGAGCCCCGAUCAGCCGCCCACAGUCCAGGCUCUCCUGCGCCAGUAUCCCUCCCUCCUGGAGCCGUUCCAGCCGGGAGAGACCUCGGACGCCAGCCCGAUUCCGGCCAGUCAUCACAUCGAUACGGGCAGCUCACCGCCGACGUUCGCCAGCCCGAGACGACUGCCGCCGGACAAGCUGGAGGCUGCCAAGGCCACCUUCAACGCUCUGCUGGAGGCUGGUGUGGUCCGUCCGUCUACCUCACCAUGGUGCUCGCCGCUGCACAUGGUUCCCAAGAGGACGCCGGGUGAGUGGCGGGCCACCGGCGACUACCGUGCGCUGAACGCUCAGACGAAGCCGGACCGCUACCCUCUUCCACACCUGCACAGCCUGAGCACGCGUCUGCAUGGGAUGACGGUGUUCUCUAAAGUCGACCUCCUCCGGGCCUAUCACCAGAUCCCUAUGGCUCGCGAGGACAUCGAGAAGACGGCUGUCACCACUCCAUUCGGCGCCUUCGAGUACCUGUAUAUCCCUCUGGGAUUGCGGAACAGUGGCGCCACGUUCCAGCGGGUGAUGGAUCAGCUGUUUCGCCAGGUCCACUGUGUCUUCAUCUACCUGGACGACAUACUGAUCUUCUCACCCGACAGAGAUCAGCACGGCCGGGACCUGGAUACUGUGUUCAACAUUCUCCACCAGCACCGCCUGCGGAUCUCACUGGAGAAGUGCAGCUUCUUCCAGGAACAGCUGACGUUUCUGGGUCACACCGUGUCCGCUGGAGGACUCCGGCCUCCAGACGCCAAGAUCAAGGAGAUCUCCGAGCUGCCGCCUCCCCAGGACACUGCCGGGCUCCGGCGCUUCCUCGGGAUGGUCGGUUUCUACCGCCGGAUGAUGCCCCACUACGCAGAGACCGUCUACCCUCUGACGGAGCUCGUCAGGCUCCACCCGAAGAACCGGCACCUGCCGUGGUCGGAGCCGGAGCUCGCCGCCUUCGCAGCCGUCAAGGCCGCUCUGCAGGACGCCUGCACCAUCCGCCACCACUUGCCUGCCUGUGACGAGUACCACCUGGUAACAGACUGUUCACAGGUGGCUGCCGGCGCCGCACUACACCAGAUGGUGGAGGGCGAGCCAGUUCCGGUCGGCUUCUUCUCAAAGAAGUUGAGCGAGCAGCAGCGGCGCUACUCGACCUACGACCGGGAGCUGCUGGCGGCCUACCUGGCGGUGCUCCACUUUCGGCACCUGCUGGAGGGACGCCAGGUGACCCUGUUCACCGACCACCGCCCGCUCACCACCGCCUUCCUCAGCCCGCACACGGCCAAGUCGGAUCGGCAGCAGCGACAUUGGAGCGUCAUCACCGAGUACGUCUCCGCUGUCCAGUACGUGCGCGGUGCCGACAAUGUCGUCGCCGACUGUCUGAGUCGCCCAGACUCCACCGAGGAGCCGCCGGUAGCCGCCGCGCUGCCUGCGCGGACCCCGGCGCCCGAGCUGCUGGUCGCUGCGCCGCCGUCUGACGCCGAGCCGCUCACCACCGAGCCGCUCGCCGCCGCGCUGCGCCCGGCCGCCGGGUCGCUGGCAGCCACCGCGCUGUCCGCACCGUCUCCGAUCUCCGAGCUACUGGUCAGCGUGCCUCCAUCGGACGCCGGGCCGCUCGCCACCGAGCCGCCUGCCGCCGUACCGCACCCAGACGCCGGGCCGUGCGCCGCCGCGCCGCGCCCGGCUGUUUUCCAACGCAUCCACGGUCUGGCCCAUCCUGGUGUGAAAUCAUCCGUCCAGCUCAUCAAGUCCCGCUACUUCUGGCCCGGAAUGGACCGCUGCAUCCGCCAGUGGGUUCCCAGCGUCGCCGCCGCCUUUAUGGACGUCUGGGUGGCCCGGUUCGGCGUACCGCUGCACGUCGUGACCGACCGAGGCACUCAGUUCGAGGCGGCCGUCUUCAGCCAGCUCGCCACCGUCCUCGGGUUCCAUCGGCUGCGGACGACUGCCUACCAUCCGAGGACGAACGGCAUGGUGGAGCGACUACAUCGGACCCUGAAGACGGCCAUCACCGCCAAAAAGAAGCAGUGGCUCCAGGCGCUCUCAGUGGUGCUGAUGAGCAUCCGAGCCACCGUCAACGACGGCGGCUUCGCGCCGUUCACGGCAGUGACCGGCGGCCUGCUCCUCCACCCCCGGGUGCUGGUGGACCGGCGGACGCCGCCGGACGUCAGUGAGCCCGUGCGGGAACUGGCCGAGCGGAUGGGGGCCGUGGACUUUGCGGCCCUGUCCGCCGGCAGUAACCACGGCGCUGCGGCACACACAUACGUUCCCGGGGAGCUGCAGACCUGCACGCACGUGUGGAUGCGAGUGGACCGGGUGCGCCGCCCCCUCGAGGCGCCAUACGUAGGACCGCUCCGCGUCCUCGAGCGAACCGGCGCCUGGUACCGGUUGCAGCUCCCCUCGGGCGCCACAGACACUGUGUCGGUGGAGCGCCUGAAGCCGGCGGCCGGCCGGCAGGUCCGCUUCCGCGUGCCGCCCGACACCGUGCGGUAA